UUUAUAUGAUUUUAUUUAUAAAAUAGUCGAAUAUCCAUUUCGUUGUUUACUAGCUUCACAUAGGCACCAUUCUUUUUGUUUGUUUGACUUUAAACUCCGACGAUCGUUUGAGCCUUUCCCUCUGCUUCGAUUCCCAGUACUAUUUCAGAGACAAAGAUCUUCCUGACCAGACAUUUACGAUCCUGGGAAUAAAGAAGUAAAUAUCAGAAGUUAUGAACCCAAAUCAAGUCCCUAAUGGGUUUGUGAAACCUGUUCCUACUGAAGAAGAGAAGGGAAAGAUUGAGGAAUUGAGAAAGCUGUUAGGGCCAUUGCCGGAGAAACUCUCGGGUUUUUGUUCGGAUGAUGCAGUUUUGAGGUAUCUAAGAGCUCGCAAUUGGCACGUCAAGAAAGCUGCCAAGAUGCUUAAAGAAACCUUGAAAUGGAGAGUUCAAUACAAACCUGAGGAAAUCUGUUGGGAGGAGAUAGCUGAUGAAGCAGAGACAGGGAAGAUAUAUAGAUCUAGUUGUGUGGACAAACACGGACGACCUGUUCUUAUCAUGAGACCGAGUGUUGAGAAUUCGAAGUCGGUGAAAGGCCAGAUUAGAUACCUUGUGUACUGUAUGGAGAACGCAAUCCAGAAUUUGCCACCAGGGGAGGAACAAAUGGUGUGGAUGAUAGAUUUCAACGGCUAUAGCUUGGCGAAUGUAUCGUUAAAAACUACCAGAGAAACCGCUCAUGUAUUACAAGAACACUACCCGGAGAGAUUAUCUUUGGCCAUUCUUUAUAAUCCUCCCAAGUUCUUUGAACCCUUCUGGAAGGUGGCAAGACCUUUCUUAGAGCCGAAGACACGGAACAAAGUCAAGUUUGUUUACUCGGACGACCCAAACACCAAGCAGAUCAUGGAGGAGAACUUCGACAUGGACAAAAUGGAGUCAGCGUUUGGUGGAAACGAUGACUCGGGUUUCGACAUACACAAGCAUUCAGAGAGGAUGAAAGAAGACGACAAGAAAAGAUUGGCUGCGCUGAAGGAUACUGCCUCCCCUUCUCUAGACUCACUCAGCUUCUUAUCGGUCUCUGAUGGUGCCACCUCUGACAGUGCUCAUCUCGCCUCUGAAGAUGUGUCCGAGGACGAGCAUCAGCCUCAUGGUAUGAGUGAGAAGUAGUAUGCAAUAAUUGUAACGUCGCAUGAAUUUAUCUAAUAAAACUUUCUUCUCAGACAUUGUAUGUUUUUUUCAUCUUGUUCUCCUCCGCAAUGAGAUUCAUUAUAUAUAUUUUUAAUUUUUUCGGAA